CAAUCGGGUGUCACAUUCAUUCAGUACCCCUCAAUUUAACAUGGCUGGGUCAGAGCUCCUGAAAACACUGUUGUACACAGUGAAUAGCAUACUUCAGCAAGAGAAGUAUAAAGCUGCGUUAGCGGUGGUGAAAGGUUUCAGGAAUGGAGCAGUAUAUGGAGCGAAAAUCCGUGCCCCCCAUGCGCUUGUCAUGACAUUUUUGUUCAGAAGCGGGAGCUUGAAAGACAAGCUGAAAGCCAUCGCAAAAGCUACAUACACUCACUCACGGAAUCUCGCUUACUUCGUCUUCAUUUACAAAGGGCUGCAAGCUCUUCAAGUGAAGAUUCAGGGGAAAAGCCUCCAGUCCCAGUCUUUCCUUGCAGCGUGCCUUGGGGGGUGGCUAGUGUUUGGGGACAAUAACAACAUCAACAGCCAGAUAAACAUGUACUUACUAUCCAGGAUCCUAUUUGCUCUUUCUCGUCUGGCUGUGGAGAAGGGCUACAUCCCUCAGCCAAAGAGAGACCCUUUCCCCAUGUUUGCCACCCUGGUGUGGGGAAUCGUCUUGUGGUUAUUUGAGUAUUAUCCCCACACCCUGCAGCCAUCUCUCCAGUCCUCCAUGAACUACCUCUAUCAUGACAGCAACGUGUGGCACGAUAUCUCAGACUUCCUUGUCUAUAACAAACCCAAGGCUACAGCGGCUAACUGAGACCUCGUCUUUGCACUGGGCCACUGGAAAAAAAAAAACACAUCACUUGCCAGUAAUUGGCACCUGUUCUUGUUUUUUUUUUUUUUUCUUUCAGAACUGCCAUGCUUGGAUACAUUUAAAGUCAUGCAAGGCCAAGUAAGUAUUAGGCUCUUCACAAACUUGCUAACUUGUGCCAAUACGGGUGACUGUAAAGAGCUAUCUUUUCCCAGGAAGUGAUUUAAUAUUGUUUGAUUAGUGUGCACUCCACUGAAUCAAGCUGCAUUUGAUGUAGGCUACACCAUCAUAAACCUAAGUGCAGUUGAGAGGAAUGAAGGAUCAGGUCAUGAUUUAUGAGCAUUGUCAGUUUACAGUUUGAAAUCAGAAGUUUUAAAUAGGAAAGUAGCAUUUAUCUUGUAUGUUCCAAUGAUAUCAGCUUUUAGAGAAAAUACUUUUCAGAUUUAGGCCUAAUCUGAUGAUGGGUAUAGGAUAGUAAUAACAAUAAUACGUUUUCCUUUAUCUUUCCAUUGUAAUAUGGUGUGAAGUGUGAAAAGUAAUUACACUCAUUAUUUAGCUUUAAUUUCUCAAUCACACUCUGACCUUGUAUGCCUCCUAAGUGAUUUUGAUUGAACCAGUCAUGCCUCUAUUGAAUGAUGUCUCCAGAAGUGCAGUAUUAUUUGAGUCAGUUGCUAACCUUAUGAAGGGUUCGGGGGCUGUUAUACACUGAUUACAUUUCCAUGGUCAGUGGCUGGUGUGCUCCAUUAUUUCUUUCAGACUACAUGCGCCAUUCAAAUAUCUUAUUAUCAAACAGGUAUGCAGAGGUCUGUUUUUCUUAAAGGAAACAAUUUAACACUAAGAGUAUUCCCCUGAACCAUCCUUGCCCAUAUUUGAAAUGACAGGAGUAACUAUAGGGUCCAUAUGAUCUUGCCUUAAUGUGGCUUUGAUUUAGUUUUAGGAGCAAUUACUAGUAAAUGUUAACUUAAAUGAUGGUAACUUGAUUUGUAUUUAAACACUGUCUAUCUGAUCAUUUUGUAAAUAUGUAAUAUAUACAUGAAUGAGUUGCAUAAUUAAAUAACACCAGUGCACAAUUCUCAAAA